CGCGCAUGCGCGCUGCGCGGAGCCGCGGCCGCACAGGGGGAGGCGGCGGCGGCGGCGGCUGGCGGAAAAGCGGCCCCGGGGCGGGGGUGGUGCCAUGGCCGCGGCGCCGCCGGCGGGGCUGGAGCUGUGCCCGCACUGCCGCAGGCCCUUCAGGCGGCUCCGCUCCCACCUCCCGCACUGUAAGGCAGCGCCGAGCCCGGUCCCCAGCAGCACACCAGGCCCAAGCCCGAAGCUAGGCCUAAGCCUAGGCCCGGCCGCCGGGCCCCCCCUGCCAGGGAGCGGAGCCGGCUCCGCUGCCGGCAGCCGGCUGCGGGCGGGAGCGGCCGGUAAGAGCAGCAAGCGGCCGCCCAGCCCCGGCGCGGGACAGGGGCUGCCCGGCGCGGUGCCCUGGGAGGCGGUGGCCCAGCCGGGUGGAGGGUCCGGUGCCGACCUCCGCCGGCAGCCUGAGGGACACCGUGCAGAGCCGAAGGUGGAUCCCGCGGUGCAGGACCUAGACAAGUCCCUUGAUUUGCCCUCCAAGGAGGUUAAAGAUAUACCCAAAAAACUGAGUAACAGAGUGAAAAUAUUAAUAGAGAAUCACCGUGCCACGGUGAUCAGGGAGAAGAGCGGUUCCAGGAGCAGGGGCGUUUCAGCAGGAAGCCACAAUGCGCAGAGGUCACCUGCGGAAGGGCUGGAUUCAGGCGGUGUUGCUGACCACACCGAUGCAGCCUGGCCUGGCCCGCAGGAGGGAAUAACUGUUCCAGAAACCCCAAACACGGAGACACAUGGCCUUGGAGCUGCAGAGGACGCGUCUGCGAGCUCAAAGGGAGGAAGAGGUGGGAGUUUAAAGGCAGCAAAAACACCCAUACAUCGAGAUCCCCCUGAAGCUGACUGCAGAAGUAGCCCUGGUGACCUCAUUCAGCAGGAGGGAAUAGACAAAACAGUGACAGAAGAGAAACAGAUGUACCUAGAAUUUGGUGUGGAAUAUAAACCCCCUCUUUCUGCUUUGCAUACCAAGAACCUCCAUCUGUCAGUGGCAGAGGGUUUCAGAGGUCACAAUGAAGGCACGUCCAAAAAUUACCUAACCAGCAUACAAAAGCUUCAAGAGAGCAAGAAGCAGAUGGCUGUAGUUUCUGAGCCCAUCCUGAAUGCGAGGAGGGACACUGAGCUGGCACGGCACCAGUUCUUGCUCCACACCUCCAAAAGCCAGCCCAUCUGUCUACCCCAGGCCUCUGGCAGGAGCACGCCAGCAGGUGCCAUGGGCUUGGAGUGGUUUCCAGACUUGUAUCCUAAUUAUGAUGGGCUGAGUAUUUUUCCAGAGAAGCCAUUCCAAGAAGGCAUGGGGAUCACGAAGACAACACCACAGGGCAAUUUCUCAGAGGGACAGCAAGGUCCCCUCUCAGAGAGGCGGCUGAUGGAUGUAAGGCUGGGGGAGCUGCCUGCUUGGCUGGCCACCUGCAACUUAUCUCCCCAGGGGCUGCUUGGAGGAGUGCGGAAAGCCUGGAACAGCUAUUACAACAAAUACAUCAAUGUGAAGAGGGGCGGACUAGCUGGGAUCUCCAUGCUGCUGGCUGGAUACUGCCUGCUCAGCUAUGGCUGGAACUAUCAGCACAUCAAGUGUCAUCGCUGGCGUAAAUACCACUGAAGAAGCUGGAACAGCACCCAAGGAACAGUAUGAAUAUUGGACUGGGAAUCAGCAGAAGUGCUCAGAACCAGUGUCCCAACAGGGAUUCAAAUUAGUAGAGGUCCAUUUGUGUUAGAGACAGGUUCUUUAAUUGUUGAGGGGGCUGCUCUUCAUUUACCCUCUGUAGGCAGAGGGGUGAUGCUGACAGUAAGAGCCUACAGUCACCACUCUGUGGUUCAGGCAGUAGUUAGUGCUGAAAGUAAAAAGUGUUAGAGCCCCCCUCAGGGGUCUGUAGGCAGUGGAGCUCCUGUAGCCUGCAGGAGCCCAAAUAUCUCGCUUUGGGACACCAGACACAGGAAGACUUCUUGACUUGGUCUGUUAAUAUAGAUUAACCAACAUGUAUGUUUAGUUGGUGUUCGGCAGUAGGGUUUGUGAUGGAUUGUGGCAGGAUGGGGUUAGGCCAGAAUAACCAUUCUUUUUAAGAUGGUAGAGUUGUGCCCAGCACAGCCCAUCUUUUACUUACCCCACAGCAGGCACAAUGAGUUUUGCUACCAACUGGCAGAAGAGUGGUCCCCACAGGGCCCUUCCACAAAGGACCCCCAGCCCCGCCUCGCUGUCAGAAUGCUGCUGGUGGGGCUGCUCAGGCUCUGAGGGAAGGACCUUUGUGAAGGCGUUAAAGCAGCAGCACUCAGACUGCAGUGCCCUAUUUCUGGAGGAAGAAAAUCCAUUGGAUUAGCUGUUGUGCCCAAAGGGCAAACCCGUGUCUGCAUCAGACAAAUGAGGAUCGUUAUGAGUGUGCUAGUUGUAGCGUGCCAUCACCAGACAUGUCUGGAAAAGGAUUGGUCAUGUUACAGGCAUGAAGGGUUUAAAAAAAUAACUCAAGGAAGAGAAAUCUGAACUCUUUAUUCAAAGAGCAGUGCAGUAGUGCUGUGUCAGAGGUGUUUCACCAAAAACUCCCUCUUGCCAGCAAUAAACUACUUUGUGAGUUUUC